AUGUAUGUGCAAACUCUCUUGAUGAUCGUAACAGACUCGGCUGCCAUCUACUCCGACUGUGAGAAUACUGCCACACUCAACGCCAGCGUAAACUCCGGUACAAUCACCUCCCCUGGUUAUCCAAACAGGUACAGCAACAACCUCCGGUGUUCCUGGACGAUAACUGUCAGCAGGGGAAGGCGGGCCGCCAUCAGGUUCACAGGUUUGGACAUAGAGGAGGGCACUGUACAAAGCGACUGUCCUUACGACUACCUGACGGUGUAUGACGGCGCCACAUCCAGCGGCACACAGCUCGGCAAAUUCUGCGGCUGGGACACAAUUCCGUCGCCGGUCGUGGCCAGUGGGAGGACCAUGCACCUCGUCUUCAUGUCCGACCCUUCAGUAAGCGGUAAAGGGUUUUCCGUUAAGUAG